AUGUACGAGGCCUCGUUAGACGAACAGGUUGCGCAGGACAUCACUAUAGUCAUCUCCGCUAAGCAUACAUUCAGCUCCGCCCCCGCGCAGCUGGACGCGGUUCUGCGCAACACCCCCCCCUCCCCCGUCGUGUACCUGCUCUCCGCGGACAUGCCCGCCCGCGUGCGCGCGCACGUGCUGCGGCGGAAGCGCGAGGCGGACGCGGGGAUGUGGCGCGGGAACGCGGUGCUGCGCGGAUCGCCCGCCGCAGACGGGACCGUGCAGUACCAGCAGCAGCAGGAGCGGCGCAUGGAGAUUAAAGACGUAGGGCGCCACGCGAGCGGGUUCGCGAUGCGAAACGCGUCAGUGGAGCUAAUUAAGACUAAAUACGCCCUAUUCAUAUUCUCCGACGUGUUCCCCCUAGGUCACAGGUGGCUGCAGAAGCUGUAUAUGUUCGCCGAGGCUAGGGGGGGAGAGGGGGUGAUUUUCUUGCCGUACCUGUGGGAGCAGUCCGGCGGAGGCUCGGCACCGAGCUUCAAGGGAAUGAUGUCUAUGGAUGGUAUGGUGGAGGGCGGAGGGGGGAGCGGAAGGGGAAGCGGAGGGGGAAGCGGAGGGAAAAGCGGAGGGGGGGGUGACGGGGACGAGAGUGGCAUCAACGGCAGCAGCAGCGACGGCAGCAGCGGUGAGAGUGGUGGCAGGGAGCUAGGGCACGCGAGGAAGGCGCACACGGGCAGCAGGUGCAAGGCGGAGGGGGAGAGCAUGCGGCUGCACGCGGCGUUCGGCGCGGAUAUGAUCCUAGAUGACUUCAGCAACGACGGCAAGCUGUACCCCCAGCCCAUAGAGGACCCGCAGGUCGCCGCCGCGCUAGAUCCGACUCUGCUCGACCCGAGGGAAUCAGCCGUGGGUAUAGAGGAUCACUGCUUGCUGGUCCGGCACUCGUUUCUGCUGGAGGCACAAGUGUUUGACCCUCAGGUGGGGUAUACUCGGCAGGAUUUGGAUAUCGCGCUGACGACAAGGUAUUUCAACUACAAGGCGUUUCUGGUGCCGCAGUCGGUGGUGGUAUACCACCAGCCGUCCACGAGCAUACGCACCAGCGACCUCGUGUAUUUCGUGAGUCAGAGCGGGGAUGACGUGUGCACGGCGAAUCAGGUGUUUCUGCGGCACAAGUGGGGGGUGAUUGUGGGGCAGCGGUGCCGCGGGUUUGUGGAUGCUGCGCUCAGGGGGCUCAUGUGGGUCGCGGAGGGGGACGCGGGGACGGACAUGCGCGCGCAGGUGCAGGCGGAGGGGGGUGCGGGGGGGGAUGUGGGCGCGCAGGCGGAGGGGGAGAGUGCAGGAGGGACAGGCGUUGCUGGCACUGGUGCUGACCACACCCGUCGCUUCUUCCUCCCAGCCUCCCAGAGCGAACAGGCCCGCCUCAUCCUCGCUUUCUUCUCUCUAACUGGCUUCAACCGCUUUCAAAUGCGUCAUUUGCCCUUCUGGGGCUCCCUCCCCCCUGCCCCCUCCGUGCCCUGCCUGGUUCGCGAUAAGACUGUCUGUGAUUCGUCGAUCCCCUGGAUGGCUGCUGCUAGUGGGUUUGUACCCUUUGUAGAGAGACUCGGUUCUCUGCAUGAGUUUUUGGCGGAGUAUGGGAGAUUGGUGAGGGGACGGAGAGGGGCGGGCGGGGGAGGAUCGCGGGCGGAUGUUGAGGAGGACACAAGCGGCUGGUUACCAGCAGGUAGCACGAGCAUUCGGUUACCAGCAGCUGACAGGAACAGCCAGGUGCCAGCAGGUAACACGAGCAGCCAGAUACAAGCAAACAGCAGACGUCGCCUUCUAGCCAGCAGCAGCGACCCAUCACCAGCAGUCACCGGCGACCCGCAGCUGUGGAUGGGGCGGGUAGAGGAAUUCCCCCCUCUCCGAGUCAACCGAGUGGAGGACCUAUGGAGAUCGUCGUCCUUACGAGACGGGCAGCUGUUCACGGUGCGGCGCAGCCUGGUGAAGAAGAACGAGAAGCACCCGGGGCGGAGAGCGCCGGAUUUGCCGGUUCUGACGCGCAUGUACGUGCCGUUCGUGCUUGUAGAGGCCGAGAUGGAGGUGCCGAUUAUUCCCGCGCGCAGCAAGAGCAGCAGCAACAGCAGCAGUGGCAGCAGCGGUAGCAUUGGGGAUGCUGCGGGCAGUGGUGGUGAUGGUGUGGGUGCUGUGGAUGGUGCUGAAGGGAUGGGUAUGGAAGGUGUGGCAGAGGGGGACAGGGUGGGUGGGGAGAGCAGCGCGAAGGGCAUUGCGCGCUCGUGCAUGUUCAAUGGCAUGUCGGUAGUCAUAGAGGAGAAAUGCUUCUUUCCAAAAGAAGGAGCUACUGCAAGCAGCAGCAGCGGUGGUAGUAGAGGCACUCUCCUCGGCCCCCCAGGCUCGCACGUCGGCCCGGCGCGCCCGUGCCUGCGCUCGGCUCGGUAUUUCCGAGCCUGGAUGUACGUGCGGCACGUGGAGAUGGACCGAACGCCGCUCUUCAUGUUCGACCGCUUCCGCCGCACCCUCCGCCGCUCCCUCUCGGCCCGGAGAGGCGGUGGGUGGAUCGACGCGAAGCACAUGGCGUGGCUGUCGAGGUGUCUACGGCCGGUGGUGAGGCGGGUGCGGAUUGUGCGGUGUGUGGCAGGGACGGGGGAGCCGUGCGCUGUGGCGUGGCAGGUGGGCGCCGUGCCGGACGCGUGGCGGCUGGUGCUGUGGGCGUGGCGGCCGCAGAGCGUGCGCACGGCGCAGGUGGCUCUCAUGGCGCGCGACACUCAGCCUGUUGAUGACAUGGCAGCGAAACCUCAAUGGUACUGGUGA